AAAGAGUGAACGGCCAUUUAACAAGAAGAAGAAGAAGAAGAAUAGCAGCAGUUGCUGUGUUAUUGAGAUGUCAGAUUAAUAUCAUUUUAAACGCAUCCGAGCACAUUAUAUCCUACACUGUAAGGCAUUUUGACAAAUUUGGCAAAGCGGCUUCUUAGAUUUGCUUGCUGGCUAAAAAAAGGUCUAAUAAAUAUAGAUUUGAUCCGUUACUGUGACUAUGGACGACUCUAACCGAGCCUCUUCAUAUCUGGACGAGCCUGCAAACAGUCGGCUGUUCCUCGUUACCAGUAAGUCCAUAACCGAAGAGAUCAUCCGAGAACACUUCACAGCUUUCGGGGAGAUCCAGGACAUAUGGGUGGUGAAAGACAAGCAGACGAAAGAGUCGAAAGGAGUGGCGUUUGUGAAGUUCUCCAAAUCCUCCCAGGCCUGCACUGCGAUGGAGGAGAUGCACGGCAGGUGUCUGGCUGAGGGAACCAAACCCAUAAAGGUGUUCAUCGCUCAGUCCAGAUCCUCCGGCAGCCACAGAGAUGUGGAGGAUGAGGAGCUCACCAGGAUAUUCGUCAUGAUCCCAAAAUCCUUCAGUGAGGACGAUUUAAAAGAAACCUUUAAGGAGUAUGGAGAUAUAGAGUACGCUAUCAUUAUAAGGAAUAAGACCACAGGUGAAAGCAAAGGUCUGGGAUACGUGAGGUUCCACAAACCAUCACAAGCCGCCAAAGCCAUAGAAAACUGUGACAAGACUUUCAGAGCUAUUUUAGCUGAGCCCAGAACCAAAACUGCAUCCGCAGACAACGACUAUUUCGGCAACCCCAGAACGGAGCCCUCCGGAAGUGACCCAGGCUCCAGCUCGUACGCCUUUGCACACGAGUCCAGCAGCUACGCCACAGGGGACACGUGGAACUCGGACAUCAUCACUCGGUGCCUGAUGGUGUCGUCACGGGCUGCGGUCACGCAGGAGCAGAUCUACGGAUUGUUUGACCUGAUCCCGGGGAUGGAUUUCUGCGAGCUGCAGAUAGAUCAGUACGGCUUCAGCAAAGGUCAGGUGGUCGUCCGGUAUAAUAACCUGGGCUCUGCGGUUUAUGCCAAAGAGAAACUGAAUGGGUUUGAGUAUCCGCCUGGUAACCACCUGUCAGUGACUUACAUAGACGAUGGGGAGGACAGGACAAGUCCCGUGGGGAAGAUGGCGAUGCAGCUCGUGGCGGCUCAGAUGAUGUCGAUGGUGUGGAACGGCCCCUCUGGAGCGCAGCUAAUGAAGACUAGCGCGGGCUAUACAGCACCUCCUGUAGCUCAGAAAGCACGUGUGCAGACCGAUGUAGCUCUUCCACCUCUGAAGAAACUAGUGUCGCCUGACAGUGUGGUGAAGGAGAGACUCUUUGUCAUCUUCAACCCCUCGCCUCUGCCUGUGGAUGUGCUGGAGGACGUGUUCUGUCGUUUCGGUUCCCUGAUGGAGGUUUACUUGGUUCCAGGCCGGAAUGUGGGAUAUAUAAAGUAUGCCGACCGGAAGCCGGCUCACGACGCCAUAGCGCUGCUGCACGGGAAAGUGAUUAACGGUGUCAAGAUGAAGGUCAUGCUGGCAGACCCACCGAAAGAGGAGUCACACAAACGCCAGAGAACUUACUGACCUUUGACCUUACGACAGACACAGAGUUUUAAGUGACAUGACGCAUGACCCCGACAUGACAGGACGGAUAUUUACGAUGACACGACCUCAUAGCGACGGACACUGACUGCCGUACUGCCGUUUCAGUUCUUUAAUAACAAUGAAAGUGUUUUUGCUUUCUCUCUCUCUUUUUUAAAUCUUGUUUACUGUGAGGAAAAUGCCAGUAAUUGAGACACGUAAAGGGACGGUUCACCCAAAAAUCAUCAUUUACUCACCCGUGCCAUUUUAAACCUGUGUGACUGACUUCCUUCUAUAAUAUUUUAAAGAAUAUUUUCUGAAAGAACAUACAAUGAAACCCAUUGUCUUUCUUUGUUGGGUCAUACAGGUUUGAAACGACAUGAGGGGGAGCAAAUGAUGUCUUUUUAUUUUAUUUUAUUGUAUUUUUGAGUGAACCAUCCCAGUUAAGAAAGGUGACAGACAAAUGUCAGAUGAGUUUGAGCUCACGCAUGGACUGUAUAUGUGUCUGAUGUGUAUGGAAUGACAAAUAAAAAGAGUUUGACAAAUUAAA